GGAGGAGGGGGAAGUGCACGGGCGCAGAGCGGGUGGCGGCAGGGGGACUGUACCUGGUUGCACUACUGGGCCAAUGAAGCCUUCCAUGGUGGAGUCCGACGCCGUGGCGUGAACCUGCCCCUUAACAGCGAAUACCUACCGCGCUUUGCAUCUUGAAGGAAGUCUUUAAAAAGUCCUAAUCAUAAGGAGCUCUUUAAAUGUCUAGUAAUACGCUUAGAGUUUAGAGACUGAAUUUGGAAUUUCAUAUCAAGCAAUUCCUCCGGACUUUAUUGCUGAGCCUGUGCACGUGUGUGUAAGGGGAGCGAUUCAGGCAUCUAGAGGCAGACUUGUGUCGGUCCAGAUUCCUGAGUCCGUGCACUCAGUCCGGAGCCCUGAACUGUGAACAGGCUGUUAAAACUUUUUAAUAGAAUUGAUUGGACUACCUGAACCACUAGUAUUUGGAGAGGAACUCCAGAUAUUUCAUUUUUACAGAAACUAAAUGUAUGAGAAAUUUACAGAAUGGAGAACGAAAAGUGAAUUUAUUGACUUUUUAAACCAGGAAAAUCUCGUUUUCGAGCCACAUAAGAGGGGACUGAUGAAAACACCUCUCAAAGACUCCACUACAAACAUAGUGUUGGCGGAGAUCCCCCCGGAAUUGGGCCCUUUAACCACGCCCACCAAACCCAAGGAAGUCUCCCAGGGUGAGCCGUGGACGCCGACAGCCAACCUGAAAAUGCUCAUCAGUGCUGUAAGCCCCGAGAUCCGCAGCAGAGAUCAGAAGAGGGGGUUGUUUGACAACAGAAGUGAAUUACCAGAGGCCAAAGACGGUUUACACGAACACUUAUUCGGAGAUGAAUAUGAGAAAUCCCAACCCAGCCGAAAAGAAAAAAGUUUAGGAUUGUUGUGUCAUAAGUUCCUAGCACGAUAUCCUAAGUAUCCCAACCCCGCCGUGAAUAAUGACAUCUGUCUCGACGAAGUAGCAGAAGAACUCAAUGUUGAGCGUCGACGAAUUUACGACAUUGUGAACGUCCUGGAGAGUUUACACAUGGUGAGCCGCCUUGCCAAAAACAGGUAUACCUGGCACGGCCGGCACAACCUCAACAAAACCCUUGGGACUCUGAAGACCGUUGGGGAGGAGAAUAAGUAUGCUGAGCAGAUUAUGAUGAUCAAAAAGAAGGAGUACGAGCAAGAGUUUGACUUUAUUAAGAGUUACAGUAUAGAGGAUCACAUCAUCAAAUCAAACGCUGGCCACAAUGGACACCCAGACGUAUGUUUUGUCGAACUCCCUGGAGUAGAAUUUCGAGCAGCUUCUGUAAACAGCCGCAAAGACAAGUCUUUAAGAGUGAUGAGCCAGAAAUUUGUGAUGCUGUUUUUGGUGUCAACGCCUCAGAUAGUAAGCCUAGAAAUUGCUGCCAAGAUUUUAAUUGGGGAGGACCAUGUGGAAGACUUGGAUAAAAGCAAGUUUAAAACAAAAAUUAGGAGGUUGUAUGACAUAGCUAAUGUCCUGAGUAGUCUGGAACUUAUCAAGAAAGUUCAUGUUACAGAGGAAAGAGGCAGAAAACCAGCUUUCAAAUGGACAGGCCCAGAAAUCAGUCCAAAUACCAGUGGCCCCAGCCCAGUCAUUCCUUUCCUCCCCUCUGAUUUGGAGCUGAGACGGUCUUCAAAAGAGAACUGUGCCAAAAACCUCUUUUCCCCACGUGGGAAACCAAACUUUACUCGACACCCAUCUCUUAUCAAGUUGGUGAAGAGUAUAGAAAGUGAUCGGAGAAAGAUAAAUUCUGCUCCCAGUAGCCCUAUCAAGACAAACAAAGCUGAGAGUUCUCAGAAUUCAGCAUCCUUCCCCAGUAAAAUGGCCCAGCUCGCUGCGAUCUGCAAAAUGCAGUUAGAAGAGCAGUCCAGUGGGCCCAGAAAGAAAGUGAAAGUACAGCUGGCAAGAUCUGGGCACGGCAAUCCGGCGGCCCCUCUGGAGACCCCAGCGAACGCUGAGCUGGAGCUGACAGCACCGUCCCUCAUCCAGCCCCUGGGGGUGGUCCCCCUGAUCCCCAGCCCACUGUCAUCUGCGGUGCCCGUGAUCCUACCUCCAGCCCCUUCUGGCCCAUCCUACGCCAUCUACUUGCAGCCCACCCAAGCCCAAGCCAUGACGCCGCCCCAAGGCCUGAGCCCAACCAUCUGCCCCACCCACUCUUGUAAAGCUACUGGAUCAACAGACACCACAGAUGCCACCACCGAGAAGGCACCCAAUGGUGUCACCAAAGCCAGUGCCUCCGCCAAGCCUGGAAGCUUGCUGCCAGGACCUGAGAGACAAGGUGCCAAGAACCGUAACAGGGAACCGGCUGCAGAAAGAGGUUUGAAGAGGACAGGCUUGCUUGAGGACAAUGGUUCCAAGAGGAAGUUUAAAGAGGACCUGAAAGGACUUGAAAACGUCUCCGCAACCUUAUUCCCAUCAGGAUACCUGAUCCCUCUCACUCAGUGCUCCCUGGGAGCAGAGUCCAUGUUGUCUAGUAAAGAAAACUCAGGUACACUUUCCCCAAACCACAGGAUCUACAGCUCACCAAUCGCAGGUGUUAUUCCAGUGACAUCAUCCGAACUCACUGCUGUUAAUUUUCCCUCUUUUCAUGUAACACCUUUGAAGCUAAUGGUCUCACCAACUUCCGUGGCAGCUGUACCUGUCGGGAACAGCCCGGCUCUCACUUCGAGCCAUCCGGUUCCCGUCCAGAACCCAAGCUCAGCCAUUGUGAACUUCACCCUGCAGCACCUGGGGCUCAUCUCCCCCAGUGUGCAGGUGUCUGCCAGCCCCGGGCCUGGAACAAUUCCCGUGUCUCCAAAAAUAGAGGCUGUUAGUGUCAUACCCGAAAACGUAGGCGCUCAGCAAGGAAGGGCCACCAGCUAUGGCUCGCCGGUCCUGGGCCAGAACAAACUGAAUGGACAAUCAGCAGCUGUGACGGCAGCACAACAGCCGGUUCCCGUGACACCCAAAGGAUCGCAGUUGGUGGCCGAAAGUUUUUUCCGUACUCCAGGAGGCCCGACCAAGCCAACCAGCUCCUCCUGCAUGGAUUCUGAUGGUGCUAACAAAACCUCUUUGGGAACUCUCUUUGUCCCACAGCGGAAACUGGAAGUUUCGACAGAGGAUGUCCACUAAUUGAAAGCUGUUGGCUUAGUCUAAUUUUCUGAAGAGAAGAUUAAUUUAAUAGCGAAAAUGUACCCAAACUGAUUUGGAGAACAGAUUUCUUGGAAAAUUCUGUAAAUAUGUUCAGGUUUACUCAAUGUCAAAGGAGAUACUUGUUUUCAUACUUACACACACACACACACACACACACACACACACAUUUGUACAAAGCUAAGUCCAGCCUUCAAUCCUACAAAAUAAAAGUACAAUGUUGAACUAAGGUAUAUUAACUUCUAGGGGGAAAAGAUUCAUUAUUUCAACUGUGCCUAUACUAUUAUGCAAAGUAACUAUUAAAGUUUACUACCCUGUGAGUGAAUAUGUGUGACAUGUCUCACACAGCAUUCUCUUAAACUUUUUGCACAAAGAAAACGCUGUGUGACAUAUCAUGUUGUAUUUUUUUCCAUAGGAAAGCUAUAGCUAUAUUUUUUUGUAAUAUUUUAAUCCAUUGUUGUUGCAGCCUGUCUUUUUGUAAAGUUUGCAACAAUCGUCAAUCAAG